AUGGAGCGGCUGGAGGUGGUGGACCCUCGGUUCGCUGCGGGCAGAGGGGAUGAGUUCCGCGUGUCAACGCUGCGGCAGCGGCAGGACGAAAUGAUCGAGCUUGCCGCCGCCGACGGCUCCGACUUUAAGCUGCCCAUGGCCCGCUGGAUCGACGAGAACGUGGAUUUGGAGGACACAGAGUGUGCCAGCAUCGAGCAGGCCAUCCCCGCCUCCAACGUCGGCUACCGCCUGCUGCAGCGCAUGGGCUGGCGCCCCGGCGGCGGCCUGGGCCGCGAGCAGCAGGGCAUCAGCGAGCCCGUGCGUCUGGAUGCCAACGAUACCGGCACGCGCACGGGGCUGGGGCGGCGCCAGCAGGAGCGGCAGUACACGGCGGCGGAGUUUGUGGAGCGGCGGGCGCUGGAGGUGGAGCUGCAGGCUGACGAGGACGAGGGAAGAAAGCGCAGGCGGGAGAUGGAGGCUGAGCGGCAGCAGAAGAUUCGGGAGGAGGUGACACACGAGCUGCGCAUGUUUUACUGCAAGUGGUGCCACAAGCAGUACCAAUUUGCCCACGAGAUGGAGGAGCACCUGUCCUCAUACGACCACCACCACCGCAAGCGGCUGGCGGAGAUGCGGGCGAUGCAGAGCGAGCGGGGCAGGAAGGAGCGGGGCAAGAAGGAGCGGAGGGCGGCGGAGAAGGAAGCGGCACGCAUCGCGGCGCAGUGA